CGAAUUUCAUCGGCAAUGUCAACCUCUUGCUCUACUUUGUCGGGUGAGGGGGACAAAGUGCCAAAGGAAAGUUGUCGCUUUGUGCGUGAUCAUCAUACGCGACUCAGAGUUCAAAUUUCGCAGAAGCAAACAAUAAGAAUGGAGAAAGUAGGCGUCCCAACCAUAGAUCUGCAAGAUUUUCCGGGACAAUGUGAACUAUUGAGAAAGACGUGCGAGGAAUGGGGCUGUUUCCGACUAGUAAACCACAACAUCUCCUUAUCUCUCAUGUCGGAGAUGAAGAAGGUAGUUAGAUCUCUGCUAGACCUUCCUAUGGAAAUCAAGAAGCGUAACGUAGAUGUAAUAGCAGGUAGCGGCUACAUGGCCCCAAGCGCAAUCAAUCCUCUUUACGAGGCGUUGGGACUCUACGACAUGGGCUCCUCCCAUGCCGUGGAUACCUUCUGUUCUCAGUUGGAAGCCUCUCCUCAUCAAAGAGAGGUAAUAGAGAUGUAUGCCAAAUCAAUUUAUGAGCUGGCGAUCAACUUAGCACGAAUUUUGGCUGAAAGUAUGGGUUCCAGGUCCGGCAAUAAUUUGUUCGAGGGAUGGGCUUGCCAAUUUAGAAUCAACAAGUAUAACUUCGCUCCUGAGACCGUAGGCUCCCCUGGAGUCCAGAUACACACAGAUUCUGGGUUCCUUACUAUACUUCAAGACGAUGAAAACGUUGGCGGUCUCGAAGUUAUGGACAAGUCUGGCGCAUUUGUGGCCGUUGAUCCGGAGCCAGGCACCCUCGUCGUCAAUCUUGGGGAUGUUGCUACGGCAUGGAGCAAUGGGAGGCUCCGGAAUGUGAAGCAUCGAGUGCAAUGCAAGGAAGCAACACUGCGGAUAUCAAUUGCUACAUUCCUCUUGGGACCAAAGAAGGCAGAAGUGGAUACUCCACCGGAAUUUGUUGACGCCCAAAACCCACGUCUUUAUGCCCCUUUUACCAUUGAAGAUUAUAGAAAGCUCCGAGCAUCCACAAAAUCGCAUGCUGGGGAAGCUCUUGAACUUGUACGUAUCCAGUCCUGACUUUUAACGCGAAGCAUUGCGGACUGGAGAGAUUAAUAACUUGGUGUAGACUAAUAACUAGAAAAAACAUUCAAUGGAAGAUGACUUCUGCAUGUUCGACCUGCAAGUUCAAAUUAGGAUGUACUUGGUUCAUCCAAAUGGACACGUACAUGUAUAACCAGGGGGUUCUGGUUUAUUGUUUUUUACUAGAUUGUUCUGACUCAUGUCAUGGCUGGAAUAUUAGCAGCAAGAAAGUGCUUCAAGUCUUGAUUUUCAGACGAGUGAAAAGCUAUAAUUUUAACGCUA